GUCCACAAUUCCUCCAAUACUUUACAUACUUGUCAUGCUUGUUGUUACGAACUCCCGACGAUUGUCAUCGUCGGCGGGCCUCGUUCCACUCGAAUUUUGAAUUUGAAAAUAACGCAAUUGCGCUACGGAAACGUGUGUGUCGGACCAAAUUCAAUCGGAAUCGAUUCCGUUUUUCCUGGUAAAUGUGCACAUAGUGAAAUGCAAGUGGACAACGGUCGACGGUCGACGGACGACGGACGGCGGACAAUCGGAUCGGAUGUGCCUCCAGUUGGAUCAUCGGGCGCCCGCAACCGACCUGACUUGACACUCUGAACAGUGCCCCAAAUUUAUGAUUGUGUGAUGUGAUUUUUAUUUUGUUUUAACACCCACAAUUUGUUCGUUCAGUGCUCCAGGAUUUGAUUCUAACGGCUCCGAAUAGUGCGCCACCAAAAAGGAUUAUUAACCCUUCACGAACUUUACUGGCAUGUACUUAGGCAGCGUCGUGACACCGAGCACCAUUUCGUCGCCGUGGACACCCGUGACGGGCCCGCCCGCCCCCGAUUCCAAUGGCGCGGGCCCGGAUACAAAGAAUCUCGAUGUCGGCGACAUCAGCGAUGACGAGAAGGACAUGACGGCGGCCGACGCCGAGGGCGUAUGGAGUCCGGACAUCGAACAAAGUUUUCAGGAAGCCCUCGCGAUAUAUCCGCCCUGCGGCAGACGGAAAAUCAUCCUCUCAGACGAAGGGAAAAUGUAUGGACGAAACGAAUUGAUAGCACGGUACAUAAAACUGAGGACGGGCAAAACGCGCACAAGGAAACAAGUCAGCUCGCACAUACAGGUCUUGGCCAGGCGGAAACUGCGAGAGAUCCAGGCCAAACUCAAAGUGGACCACGCGGCGAAGGAGAAAGCCUUGCAGACGAUGUCGAGCAUGUCUAGUGCGCAGAUCGUCUCGGCGACCGCAAUGCACAGCAAGUCGGCGGCCCUAAAUCUAGGUCUGCCGCAUCACGGGCCCUAUGCGGGGGCGCAAUUUUGGCAACCCGGACUUCAGCCUGGCACAUCACAAGAUGUUAAACCGUUCACACAGUCGGCGUAUCCGGGUGGAAAACCAGCGACGGCAGUUUCGGCCGGGGACGUCGGUUCCAUUCAAUCGGCGCCGCCCCCGGUUUGGGAAGGUCGCGCCAUCGCUACCCACAAACUCAGACUUGUCGAGUUCUCCGCCUUCAUGGAAACAACGAACCGAGAAGAAGCAUAUCAGAAACACCUGUUCGUGCACAUAGGCGGGCCGACGCCGUCGUACACGGACCGCCUCCUGGAGGCGGUCGACGUGCGGCAGAUCUACGACAAGUUCCCGGAGAAGAAGGGCGGCCUGAAGGACCUGUACGACAAGGGACCGCAAAACGCAUUCUUCCUCGUCAAAUUCUGGGCGGAUCUCAACACAAACAUCCAGGAGAGCGGAGCAUUCUACGGCGUCACGAGUUCGUACGAAAGUAACGAGAAUAUGACAAUAACCUGUGCGACGAAGGUCUGCUCGUUCGGCAAACAAGUGGUCGAAAAAGUCGAGACGGAAUACGCGAGAUACGAGAACGGACGUUUCGUCUACAGAAUCCAUCGGAGUCCGAUGUGCGAUUACAUGAUCAACUUCAUACACAAGCUGAAACACCUGCCUGAAAAGUACAUGAUGAACAGCGUGUUGGAGAACUUCACCAUACUACAGGUGGUGACGAACAGAGACACGGAAGAGACGUUGUUGUGCACGGCGUACGUGUUCGAGGUGUCGUCGUCGGAACACGGCGCCCAGCACCACAUCUACAGGCUCGUGAAAGACUAGCGGGAUGGCGGUAGGAAACUAGCUGGCUCCCCUCACUUCAGUGCCUACACCCUCACAAUACUAGUAUUAUUAUUGGUUACAUUACUUAGUAAGUAGCUAGGUGAAUUUGUGAAUUUUUUGAAACAAAAAAAAAACGAGAUGAUGAUGAUGAUGAUGAUGAUAAUGAAGACAACACUCAAACACACAGACACUCACAUACAUAAUCGAAGCCAUUUUAUUUUCGGUACGUGGAGAGUGAGAGAACAUAGAAGUUUAUGAUUUGUUUUUUAUAUCAUAGGUUUAUUGAGACAACGUACUUUAUUUACUUUUAUUUAAUUCUACCCCCUACACACAUUAUUAUUAUUAUGAUUAAUUACUAUAAUUUUGCCACCGUCAAUAUGAAAUUCUCUAUUUAGGCCGGUAGACAUUGUAAAUAAUUAUUUAUUAUUAGUUGGAUGAGAUCUGUAUUUUAUUUUCUUGGGACAAUUGCAAUACAAUUCUACUAGUAGCUGACGGUCCAUGCGAAUUAAACGGAGCUUUAGUACUUAUCCGAAAAUAUCAAGUUCGCCAGAAAUCUCACCUAUAUUUAUUUUAGAUUUUAUUUAUACAAAUUAUAUAUUUAUACCUUUAUUGUUUGGUUUGCGUGGACUGUUCAUGCGAGAUUUUCAUAUUGAAAACAGACAUUUUCCCACUACAUAUUUAAUUUAUAACUUCAUAUUAUAAAUUAAAUUAUAUUAAGGCAAUAACGUUAUUUUUUCUUUCGUAGUACCAAUACAUUUAGGUUCUACAGAUUAAUUUGUAAGUUAUGAAAGUUUGCUAUUUGUGAUGAUAAUUUUUAACAAUUUUAUAUAUAAAUAGAUUUUAUCUGAUUUAAAAUACCCAGUAUUUUAAUUAGUACAUUUAGAUUAUCGCCAAUUUAAAUUUCUUAGCUUUAGAAACGUGGCGGCGCCUCCACAAAAUCCAAUACGCUUCUCUUAGUAACUUUAUUGUGGGUUGGUGUUUGUUUAUACCUGAUUGAGAUUAACUAUUUAAAUUCUUCAAUUUGCUGGAUUUUGUGGAGGGUCCGUGCGAAAAACCAGGCCUUUGUGUUCAAAUUGGCAGCCUGCAAUUUGCCAAGUAGUUUGUAAAGUGGUUUCUUAAUUCUGAGUUACGUUCACCCCGCAAAAUUGCCAAAAAACAAAACAAGUGUUAAAAAUCAAUCAAAAUCAAUUAAAAUUGAAUAAUCGUGGGAAUAUUUUGGUCGUUUAAACGGGGACGAAAAACACAAUAAAUUCUAGUGUUUCCACAUUUGCCUGAAAUGAAAACGGAGGAAAAUGUGAAGACAUGCCCUUGUUCGAGGGCGAGUGUAAUGUUUUAUUGUUUAUUUGUUACAAGUGGCAAUGUUUUUGAUCUCUAAUUUUUUUAGUCUUCGAGGAAAAUUAUUUGGUAAGCCUAUGCAAUUUGUUUUUUUUUCGGUAGCUUUUAUUUUUGUAAUUACUCGUAAUUAUUUUUCUAACAAAAUUAAGUUGCACUGGCACCGAUGCGUCUUCUGUGAAGACAAAAAAAUUCUCUUAGUCCAAGAUAAUUAAAGAUUCGGAGUUGCAAUGGAAUUUUCGUUGAAUAAGUCGAUUCGGAUGCAAUUUAUUUUCUAACUGUAAGUGUAAAGAAAAAAUUAAUAAUUUGUAUGAACAAUAAAUAUGUAAAUUAAUGAAUUUACUUAUACCAUAAAUUGAUAUAUUUUAAAAGAUAAAAGUGUCAGUGUAAAAAGGUAAUAUUGUAUAUAUAUUUCUAUAAAAAAUAUGGCGGCUAUAAAUAUUUUUAUCGUCUUGAAAUGCAAAUGUAAGGUUCUUUAAAAUAUAAAAAAGUGUGCUAUAUUUAAUGAGAUUUUUUAUCCAUAUCUGGAAAUGCCAUAUCAACGUCAAAUUUAUUGAAUCUUAUAGUUUUGCUCUGUAUGUGUACAGUAUUUUAAAUCAUGUUUAUAAUUUGUAUGGAAAUUAUAAAAAUUGAUAUAAG